ACGCGCGUCAUUUCGCAACUGACACGCACUCUCUUUCUUUCUCUCUCUCUCCCUGAUGGACAGGAAGAGGAAGGAGAUGUACUACGCAGAGGGCGCUUUUUAGCCAGUCGGAAUAGGGAUGCAGAGGCAAAGUCCGCCGAAGCAUAGGCACGAUGGGACUUCGCCUUUGCCAUUGGGAAUGGAUUGGAGUCCGCCCCCCAAAAAAUGGGCAGGACAGGAAACUAUAUGGCCUCAUGAUCCUCACACAGGGUGGAGUUAUUGUGUCACAAUUCCUUCCUGGGUUGUCCUUGCAAAAUCAAGAGAUUCAGAUCCUGUAGUGUUCUACAGGGUUGUGGUUGGCAUACAGUCGCCAGAUGGGAUCACAAGUACACGAAUUGUACUUAGAAGAUUUAAUGAUUUCUUGAAAUUUCAUGCUGCGCUAAAAAAAAUAUUCCCCAAGAAAAAUCUCCCACCAGCCCCACCAAAGGGAUUCUCACGGUUGAAAACCAAGGUCUUACUGGAAGAGAGACGUUCUUCUUUGGAGGAAUGGAUGGCAAAAUUACUAUCUGAUAUUGAUUUAUCAAGGAGUGUUGCAACAGCAUCCUUUCUUGAACUCGAAGCAGCUGCUAGAUCUUCGUUUCAAGAUGAACAGCAGCUCACUUCAGAACCAAGAUCACCUGUAAAUAACGCUGCUUCCUCUCUUGAAGUUCAUCCUAGUGCAGGCUUGUCUGUAGUAGCUGGCAGUUCAUCACUUGCAUCUGAUUAUGGUAGUGACACUGCUUAUGAGGCAUCUGAUGUUGACUCAACCAGCUAUGGGAGGGGCAAUCCUUCUGAACUGGGGACUGAAGAUCUCUCACUGGAUGAGGAUUUAUCGAGUCCAAUAGAUAAGUUUAUGAAGUAUGGUAUGUCCAAUAUAGAUGAGGGCUUGUUCAUGGGACAGGCUAUUUUAGAGCAACUUGGAAGUUUCCCUAGGCAUAAGACCCAUGCAAAAGAGAUCAGUAAUGUUAUGGAGGAGAGUAUGAGCAAUGGAAGUGCAAUGAAAUCUUCAUAUAUUUCAGGUGAUACGACUGCACAUUUUUCAGAGCAAGAUCAUAGUCACAUAAUUCAUCAUGCUAGAAAGUUAUCAGCUGAGAGUGUUGGAAGUGAUAUCGCUUCUCAAAGAGGCAGUGAAUUGGCUAAUUCCUCAUUUCCCAAUUCAUUUGGAGAUGGGUGUGCUGAGAUACCUAAAGCUUCCAAAGCAUCUGGAAACACAGAAAUUCUUGGAAAAGACUUGGCUCUUCCUGAUCAUAUACAGUUGGUCCUUCCAUCAGAUCAGCGUCAUAAAAUGCAUAGGGUUCUUACCACUAUGCAGCGGAGAUUGGUUACAGCAAAAACUGACAUGGAGGAUCUUAUUUCAAGAUUAAACCAGGAAAUUGCUGUGAAAGAUUACCUCUCAACCAAGGUCAAAGAUUUGGAAGUGGAGCUUGAAGCAACUAAAGAAAAAAGCAAAGAGAACCUUGAACAGGCAAUUUUGGUUGAGAGGGAAAGAGUUACUCAGAUGCAGUGGGACAUGGAAGAUCUUCGGCGGAAGUCAAUGGAGAUGGAAUAUAAACUAAAUUCACAACAGGGUGAAAUAAAUAAAGAUUCCUCAAUAACCAAUCUCAACCAGGAGAAAGAUGCACUCCAACAGGAAUUAACAGCCACAAAACUACAGUUUGAGGAGCUAUUGAAACGACAUCAAGAGCUGGAAGUAAAAUCAAAAGCGGACAUUAAAGUUCUCAUUAAAGAAGUUAAAACUCUUCGAAGCUCUCAAUCAGAAUUGAAGCAUCAACUUAACGAAUCAUUCAAGGAGAAAGCUGAAACUGAGAGGCGGCAUGCACAGGAAAGACAAAUCAGUGAGCAAUCAAGAACUGCUUGGAUGAAGCUGCUGCAUGAUUGUGAAAUUCUUCAACAGAGGGUUGAAGAGUGCAACAUCAACUUAGCUGAUGAAGAGGGAAACCUUAUUAAAAAAUUUCAAUCACUACCAGAUGCCAUGCAGCUGCUCACAACUUCUGACAAUCAAAUCAAUCUUCUGCUCACAGAGGUGCAACAACUAAGCCGAGGAGCCAACUCAGUUUCUGUUGAUGAUACAACAGAUAAUGUGGAUACUGAUACGAUGGAGAUAAUUGAGAAGAUGAGAAAGAUGCUAACAAAUGUUUUCAUUAAUAAUGGUAAAUUGAGAAAGCAGGUAAACUCAGUCCUGAGGUGUGCUCUUGAAACGAAAAUGUGUUUUCAGCCCCAAGGUGAAAAUAUACAACACGAUGAAUUAGAUGAAUAAGAAACCGCAAAUGUUGUAUAAUUUUCUCGUAUCAUAGAGUAAUGUUGCAGCUUCCAUUUACCAAAUUACUAUGUGGUUUACCUGGGCUGGGGAGGAUGGAUCUUGAUGGUUUUGAUGUGAGUGAGCAUCAUUUAGGUAUACAGGUCAGACAGACAGAGAAGUCUCUCAAACCUUAAUCUUUGAAGAGAGUUGAGAAAUAUACUGAUAUGUCCAUAUUACAGACAGCAGUUUUAACACUUGAGAUUCUAACAUUGUAAUUUUCAUUUUUGUCUUUGUGAUUGGUUCCUAUUUAGUAUU